AUGGCAGACGACACGGAUGAUAGCGGCGGGGUCAUAUUCGAGGGUCCUUUUGACCCUGAUGCCCAAGCCACCGUCACAGAUUUCAUUGAUUACACAGAGUACCUACCAUCGGACCUCAUUCGCUCGUUAACUUUGAUCCGUGGACUCGACGAGACGUACUUGGACGCUACGCAAAAGGUUCACGAGCUUACGAAGAUCUACGGUCAGCUUCCAGAUUUGCCACCCGAGUCUCGACGCAACCCUCAAGAACUACGCGAACAAAUAUCCACCCACCUAAACCGCGCGAUCAAUGCACGUGAAGCCUCAUACGCAGAGGCAUGUCGAAUCUACGAUGAAAUAUUAAAAGAAAACUUGAGCUUCUACCCAAACCCGGCGUCUCGCGACGCCACUCCUCCCGCUAAACGCUCAAGGGGUGGCCGGAAGGCAGAAAAGGGUGCGACACGUAUCACGCUGCGCGUCGACGGCCAGACACCGGACAAAAAUGGCUUACCAAAAUCUAGAGGUCGGCGAUCAAUGAUUGCUGGCCUUGACCCGGAUUCGCCUAUUGCCAGCACAGAGCAGUCGGACAACGAAACACCCAAAGCGCGAUCACGUCGUGGAGGGCCUGUUAUUAACCCUGAAAAGGAGGCGUUACAGCCCAAGAAAGAGAAGAAGCGUGGUAACAAGCGAUUAGCGGGAGCGGGCACUAAUGUGCACAGUUCUGUCGCUGGAAUCUCGACAAGCAAUGCGCUAGCGUUAUUGAAACCACCUCCAGAAGACGCCAAACUGGGUAGUGACGAUCUACCAUGGCUUAGGCUUACUGACUGGGAGAUGACGAAACUAAGGAAGAAAAUGAAGAAGAAUGCGAUCUGGCAGCCGAGUGAAAUCAUGAUCAAUCGCGAACUCGCGACUGGGGGAAGAGGCUGGGAAGGGUAUCGGGCAGCAAAAGCAAGAGCACAGGCUACUGGAGAGGAGCUUAUUGAUUGUGAUGACAUCGAGAAUACUUAUGUACCGGGAAAGCUUAUCCGCAAGAGCGAGGCGACUGCUGAUAUAUCUGCAGCAGAAGAGAUCAAAACCAGUAACCGCGGCAUGAUUCUAAAUGAAGCAAAACGACUCAAGCGUGAGAAUAUGGCUCGGGAGCAAGAAGCGGCAUCUGCUGCUGCUGCGGCGGCAGCGGCAGCGGCGGCAGAAGCAGAGCUGGCAGCCAAACGGAUAAGUGAUAUCGGUUCUACCUUCAAGCGUCUAUUUUCUUCUACUUCAGGCGAAAACAACCAGGUCGCUUCUACAGAUUCCGCAAAACCCAAUGGCACACCUGUAACUCCCGCAGCAAAGGGCAGAGCGAAGAUUACUCGGAAAAGAAAAGCUGAAGAGAGCCUACCAGUGGAGCAACCAGAUCAGCCUCUGUCGUCGAAACCUCCGUCCAAGAAACGCAACACCGGCAAAGCUCUCUCAGCAGAAGCGACAGGCGGCGCGGCGGAUUCGUCUCAACCUCUGCUUGAUACUGCUACGGCUUCUGGUGAAAUCUCUGGGACCAAGAUUUUAAAGCCAUCAUCAUCUAGUCCACCACCAACCAGGGCACGAUCAGCUGCAUCACAUGAGAAUAUCCCACAGACAACUACCUUGACUAUCAAAGGUGCUGCGACCCCGACGCCUCCAACAACGCGGCCAUCAUCAAGACGACGUUCAGCAGCAACUUCUAUGGAGCCAGGGAGUGCAAUGAACGCCCCGCUGGUGGGGUUGACACGUGAACACCUGCGCCGUAAGAGUGUCACCCCAGCUUCCAAGACGCCCGGUCCAGAUUCAGGCACUACCGCCGCAGGAACUGGUGCUCGACGGAAGAAACGACCUGCCCCGGGACCUGUUUCUUCUAGUCUAGAAGGCGGAGCAACCCUCAGUCACGGAAAACGCAAAUCCAAACCUAAGAAGCGGGCACCAGGCAAGGAGACUGUCAAGGGUGAGGACUACCGGAUUGACGAAGAUGGAGUUCUGGAAAAGAUUGACCCGAAUGAGCCGCGUUAUUGUCUCUGCAAGGAUGUCAGUUUUGGGACAAUGAUCAAUUGUGAAAACCCUGAUUGCGAAGGCGAAUGGUUCCAUCUCGAAUGCAUUGGCUUGAAAGAACCGCCAAGCCGACGUGCGAAAUGGUUCUGUCCCGAGUGUCGCGUGAAGCUGAAGAAGGCACCAGAUGGUAUAGAACGAGUGGGUGGUGGACGGCGAUAA